CUCACUCUCUGUGAGGGAAUCCAUCCUCAACUAACAACACAAGCGGGCUCGGUUGCCAUGGAGACGGCAGAACCACACAGGAGGAGAAGGUGGUCUCUAACGUCAACACUAAUUGGGGAUUAUACCAAGUGCUGUCGGUAUGCGUCCAUAUCGGUGAGACUGACGCGCAAACUCCUCCAAACAAGACAGAUGCCUCACCUGACCUGUGUGAUCUGUGGUGUGUGUGACAUCUCAGCAUGCAGUCGGUCCAGGUAGGGAUGUGGGACCCGCGCCCCCCAUCUAAACAUGUUUCGCCCCUGCCCCAGCCACCCCCCUCCAACUUACGCCUCGCACAUGUGACCACGGCCACCCCGGCCAAGCGGAUCACCUUCUACAAAAGCGGCGACAGCCAGUUCGGGGGCAUCAGGAUGGCGGUCCACAAGCGCAGCUUCAAAUGCUUUGAUGCCCUGCUAGACGACCUUUCCCAAAAGGUGCCGCUGCCAUUUGGCGUGCGGACUGUGACCACCCCCCGUGGCACCCAUGCCAUCAAACACCUGGAGCAGCUCCAGGAUGGCGGCUGCUACCUCUGCUCUGACCGGCGCCAGGCUAAGCCAGUCAACAUGGAGCUGGCCAGCAAACGCCCGACCAUCUGGUACCAUCACGGCCACAGGCCCCAUCGGCCCGAAAGCUCAUCCGCAACACUGCCCGGUCAUUUGUCUUACAGACAGAGACGGAUCAUGCUGGUGAAGAACAGCGAGCCGGGGAUGAGGAGGAGCAUAGUGCUCAGCAGGAGGUCAACAAGGAGCCUGAGGGCCUUUCUUGAUGAGGUGUCUGAAGUGAUGCAGUUUCAUGUACGCAAACUCUACACUGCAGAGGGACGCAGGAUCGACAGCGUGCAAAGCCUGAUCACAUGUCCAGGUGUGUUGGUGUGUGUUGGGAGGGAAGCCUUCAGCCCGUUGCUGGUAAACUUUAUCAGGAAGAGCUCUGAGGAAAAACUGCCUGGUCUUGGCCCCAGGACUCCUGGAAACGGGGCCCGAUCUCCUGCUACUCAGGGAACAAGAUCCUCAUCUCAUGGAGCCAGCGAGUGCAGUGAAGGGCAUGAAAGCAAGAAAAAUGUUAACUUUGGUCUGGAAACCAAAAAAAGCAUCAUCCACCCUCGUUCAGAUUCCUCAAACCGCUCGGCCCGCUUCUCCUUGUCUUCAGAGAAGUCAUACGGCAAUGGUGUCAGCACCUGCUCCCAGGCCAGACCGGGUAUUGUGAACGAAGACAUUGAAAAGCGCGUCUUGGUCAAUAAAGACGGCAGCCUCUCGGUAGAGAUGAGGGUGCGUUUUCGUCUCCAAAAUGAGGAGACCCUCCAGUGGUCCACACAAAUUAAAAAAUCUCCGACAACCAAUGAAUGUUGCCCCCUAAGCCAGGCCCAGCCCCAUUACCUGCAGCAGGGUCAAUCAGAGAGCUGCUCCGACCCUGAUUCCACGUCCUUCGAUCCAGAGGGUGUGGAUUAUUCAAGCCAACCUCGGCACCGUGUCUCAGAGGGGAGCCACUGCCCCUGCUGCUACCAGAGACACGAACAGCAGUACGACUUGUGGGAAAACCCAGCACACAUCCACAAAAAACCUCCUGUCCCUCCCCCACGCACAUCCAGCCACACUAUGAUGAGACAUACACAUUCCUCUAGCUCUUCCUCGUCGUGUAAUUCCAGGAGGGUUGUGCGCUGUCGAGCGCAACUCUCCAACAGUGGAGGAGGCUCCGGUUCCGAGCAGAGCCAACUGGUCCAGGAGGAGAUGUGUUUGACGGAGCAAGUUGAGCACAGAGUCGAGGUGGAGCAGGAUGGAGAUACCCAUGUCGAGGUGCGCAAGGUGAGCCGGUCCUGCAGCCGCAGUGAAGUAGUUGCCGUGGACAGCAACCAGCGACCAUUCAGCCAGAAAUCAGUAGAAGAUGAAGCAAUGAUGGAGGACGAGGAGGAGCGUCCGCCUUCUGCAAUCAGCAGCUCUUCACAUAUCCUGCAAUCACUGAAAGAGGACCAGGAUGAUGACCUGCCACCCAGCGUCUCACAGUGCAGUCAUAGCAACGGACCAUCCCCAACCCCGGCCUUUGCAACGAGAAACGCCUCGGCCUGUUCCGCCAAGAACAACAAGCAAGUGGACGGGGGAGAGAGAGGAAGCAGAGCGGUAUCUGCAGCCUCUUCCUGUCGCUGUGGAGGAGACACCCCACAUACAAGAGCUGAAGCAGCGGCUGAUGAUGAGGAUGAAGAGAUAAAGAGGGCUGGUAGUGGCUUGUCUGGUCACACAGGCACUCAGUCAAGAACAUCCAGUGUAUGUCCUGAUUGCGGAGGCUGCAAACGUGUGGGCAACUCCAAUAGUAGAGCAUCGCAGAGGUCCCAUCAUUCCCACAGAGCUUCUCCAAAGCCUGCCACACCCGCCCCCAACCAAGAGAAUGCCAAUAAUGGCAGUGGUGAUGAUGAUGAUGCUGGCUCAGAUGUUUCAGCCGUGUCAACACAGUCCAACAAGAGCAACCUCACCAAGUGUGGGCGCUCCUCUGCAAUAUCAAAUGUCCUAGAGGGCAGAGCAACUAGUCCCAUGUCCACAACGUCUGAUCCUGAGGCAACAGGAAAAGAAGAAGAGGAAGAAAGGGCUCCUAGUGCCACCUCGGCUACAAGCCACGCGUCUCAUAGAUCACACAAGUCUGGCUGUAAUAGCAACAGAGAAGAAAAAGAAGAGGAGAGAAGUCACAGUGCCAUGUCGGCUCGGUCCAACCUGUCUGCGAAGUCCAGGAAGUCUCACAAGUCAGCUGAGUUGCCUGAUGCUGGGACAGGAGAGGAAGAAGAGGGGGAGAACGCUAUAGGGCGAGCACUCAGCUCCUUGUCAGCCAAAUCUGGUGCUUUUUUAAAGCCAAGUGAUUCAGCUGGCAAAGCAGAAAGACCCGAGAGUGUCCUGUCUGCUAAAUCGACUAAAUCACACGUGUCAGCAAAGUCCGGCACAUCUCACAAGUCCACUUGCAGUCAUUGUGUGAGAGCAGUAUCUCCAGGUGCUAAGGCAGCUGAUGAACCUGUUAUAGAAGCAACAGGUCAGGAAGAAGGAACGGAGACAGAGGAGAGAGCAGCGAGUGCCAUGUCGGCCAAGUCCAACAGAUCCCAUAAGUCCACCAAAGCUUCCGAACGGUCACAUUCUCCAAGAUCCGAAACCGGAGGAGAUGGAGAAAAAAGGGCAGAGAGUCAAAUGUCUGUCAGAUCACUUAAAUCUAACGCAAAGUCUUCAAAGUCAAACAAUAAUGGCAAUGAAAUCGAGGUAUCUCAGAGCCUGAGGGUAGCUGAGGAAAAAGACAAGGAGAUGGUAGAGGAGGAAACACAGCAGAGGCCACAAAGUGUAAUCUCUACUAAAAUGGAAAAUGAAGAGAGGACAGAUUCUGAAACAGGAGACAAUGCAGCAGACGGUGAAAAGGCUGAGGACCGGGCUGCAAGUGUUUUAUCCGGUAAAUCGGCUUCCUCUGCAAAGUCUCGCCACACAAAUUGUGACACAAGUUCAAGUGUGGCUUCUCCAGCCAAAGAGACAACAAAGCCGGAGGUGGACAGCAUGGAGGACAGAGCCCCUAGUGCCACGUCAGGGAAAUCCCACGCCUCUGCCAAGUCCUCCAAAUCCCAGAAGUCAAACUGUACCGCGGCAUCUCCAAAUCCAAAUGAAACAGGUGUUCCAUCUAUUGAAACAAAUGGAGGCGAGAAACCAAAUGAAGAGAGAGUGGCUAGUGCCAUGUCCGUAAAGUCAAAAUCUUCACACAAGUCAAAUUCUGGCAAGAAUCUCAAACCGGUGUCACCAAGUCCUAAUGUCACCAUCAAAACACCAGAAGGGGUUGAUAAGGAAGGCCAAACACUCUCACCCAGGAGGACACGAUCCCCACGGACCCACUCACCCAAAGCCCCUGCUGUAUCACCCAGAAAUCCUCACUCUGCGCAGCAAUUGUCGCCUGGCCCCAAUGUCGGAGAGACAAGAGGGCCCAGUGCCUUGUCAGUUCACUCCAGAACCUCAGCUAAAUCCAGCAGGUCCAAUUGUCACUGUGGAGCAGCUUCGGCAAAGAAAGACAAAGAGGUGGAGGAUAAGGAGGAAGGGGGAAAGGAAGAUAACGAGGAGACUUCGGAGCGAGCUGCCAGCGCUCUGUCGUCCUCAACCACAAAGCAGAGGAGAGAAUCAGGAGGCAGCGAGCAACCACUGAGUCGAAACUCUUCAGGGUCAGUCUCUCUUGGGUUGCCAGAAGACCAAGAAACGGCUGACUCAGACAGCGGCAAGUCCAGUUUUAAUUAUCCAAUAAAUGCUGAGAGUAAGGGUCCUAAAAGCACAGAGCGGUCUGCCAUGGAGGAAAAUGUGGAGGGAACAAGGUCUCAAAAGUCCAACCAUAAUGGCAGUAAAAGCACCUUGUCUCACAAUCCUCCAGCGGUCGAUAUCCCUACUAUCGAAACACCAGGACAGAGCGAGGAUAAAGGUGAAGAUGGUGGAGAGCAGAAAACAGUUAGAGCAUCCAGUGCACUUUCAGCCAAAAGCAGCAGGUCACACAAGUCUUGUUGUAACUGCAGUGUCAAAGCAGCAGGUCAACUGCUUGACACAACAGCAAACAACAUGAACGCCUCAGACAACCGGACCUCGUCUGCACUGUCAUCAGCAAGUGCUAAAAUCCGCAGCAAAUCCCCUGCAAGUGCCAGUGUUAAAAAAACUACUGGUGAUUCAGCAAAUAAUGAACACCAAGCUGUCAGUAGACCGGCUAGUAAGUCUAAAGGGAAAGAUGUUGCAGACAACAAGGCGGCCAGUGUCCACUCCAAGAGCCCCUGUCGCCUCAAGCCUAAAACAUCAAAUUCUCAAAAGAAAGAAUCCUCAAGCCCCUGUUCUGAACACAGCUCCAGACCAAACAGCAAAGUGGAGUCAUGUACUGAGAGCAUUCUGUCUCACUCUCUGUCCGCUGCUGACCUGCUGAAGGAAACCAUGGCUGCCGGGCGUCCACAAAGCCGACAGUCGAAGGCCAGCGAAACCGGUGACAAGCCCAAGAGUGAGAAAAGUGGGAGAAGUCAGAAAAGCAGGAACAAUGCAGAUCAGGAGGAACUGACACCUGCCUGUCUCCCCAACGCUUCCCCCAACGAGGUUGUCAGUGACUGGCUACGGAGCAUUCCCACCGACAGCACCACGCUUGCACUUGGUGAUGAGGAGAAAACGAUGGAAGAGAAACCUGGAGAAGAGGCAGCAAAGGAAAGUCCGGAAGAUGAGGCAGAAGAGGAAGAAGACAAAGAGGAGGAAGCUGAAUGUGAUGCAGCAGAGGAGGAAAAGAGUUCAGAUCCAGCUCCAGGCGAUGCAGAAAGAACUUCUCCCCAUCCAAACACUCAGCCGUUGUUGAGCAGCGAGUCUCUGCCCAGGAACUGGCAUUCUUCAGUUGCAGUGAUGAAAGUUCUCCUGAGCUCUUCUCCGGGUCGAUGCCGCAGCAUGCCUGAGGUGUCUCCAGUUUAUGGUCGUAGACUGAGCACAUCAGCCAGGGGGUUCUUGGACUGUCUGGCCCAGCUCCAGCUCAUUGAGCCUGUAGUGAGCCCUGGCUACGACCAACAGAAGAACUGCAACCAGCGCUAUGAGGACAUUAUGGCUAUCCUUCAAUCCCUCUGGCUCACUGAACCCAGAGACAUUGACGUUAGUAAAGAGCAGGUGACUCCACCGAGAUCCUCAUCCGGCGUGGGUAUGAGCAGUGGCUCCGGUGGAUCAGGAAAGGAGAACGAAAACCAAGGUGGGGAUGAAACAACGCAAAACAAGACCAAUGAGGAAGAAUCUCUACAUGAGGAUGAGGAAGCGGAAAAGGUUGUAGAAGAGGAUGGGGAAGGAAACGCAGAGGUAGGACACAAGGAAACUGAGGUAGAACCUGACGAGACAUCUACGGAGCAAACUAAGACGAUAGACGAAGAACCAGCACAGGAACCAGUACAGAGUGAAGAACAAAGUACAGUCCCUCCAAGUCUGGACAGCCCGAAAGCCACUGAGAAUCCCUCAUCUUCAGAGGCUAUCGACAGCUCCAAAUCCCCCACUGAUAAUGAACGGGAGACGCUGGAGGGUUCCAGCUCAGGCACGCCUCCUACUGUCUUGCGAGCAUCAUUGUCAAGAAAAGUAUCCCAAGACCCUGAUCCGGUGUGGGUCUUGCACCUCUUGAAGAAGAUAGAGAAACAGUUCAUGAACCACUACAUUAACGCGAUGGCAGAGUUCAAAGUCCGUUGGGACCUGGACGACAGCCUCAUCCUUAACACUAUGAUCUCUGAGCUCAGGGACGAAGUGAGCCGGCGCAUCCAGAGCAGCAUCCAACGAGAGAUGAGGAAGAUUCAGAGUCGUGCUGGCAAGUUGGGGAAAUCACCCCGGCCUCCGCAAGGAGAGAACCUCUCCAGGGAGUCCACCAUGACAGAGAAGAGGCGUCGUAUGUUGAAGGUCAUGAAGAACCAGUCAGUGAAAACCGGUGACUCCCUCAGUGAUGGGGAGAUGACAGGCGAUUGCAGCGACCAGCGAAGCGAUGACGAGUACUGUCCCUGCGAUGCUUGCGUCCGCAAGAAAAUGGCCGCCCGACCUCUCAGAACAAAUCCACCAGCAGCAGAAGCACCAGUGGUGAUGGAGUUUGACCUCCUUAAAAUACUGCAGCUGAAGAAAAGCCCAUCGCCUGCAGCCGCGCCACCGCCAGCGGAGGAGAAAGAUGAUAGCGUGGCGGUAGAUGAGGAGGGGAGGAAUUUAGAGGUAGUUGAGGAGGAAGAGGAGGAGGAAACUAAAGAGGAUAUCAAAGCUGAUGUUCUAGAGGAGACAAUCCCAGAGGAAGCUGAGGAAAAAGAAGAUGUGGGUGAGGCAGGAGAAGGGGAGGAGGUAGAGGAGGAAAAAGAGGAAAACAGCAUAGGUGAUGAGGAACAGGUAAACGGUGGUGAGGAAGCUGGGGAAGAGGAGAUAUCAGGAAAUGGAGAGGCAGCAGAGGCACAAUGUCAAUGUCAGUGUGGCGGAAAUGAGGAGGAGAGCGACAAAGCAGAAGAGGGAGAAGAGGUAGAGGAGGAAUCAGCAGAAGGAGAAGAUGCUGAAGAAACUAGCAACAACACGGGUGAGGAUGAAACAGCGGAUGAUGAAGAGAAAGCCGGAGAGGAAGAAGGGAAGAGUGCAGAGGAUGAAGGGGAGACAGGGGGCAACGAGGGAGAGACAGAAACUGGGGAAGAGGAGAGUGACAAGGAGACGGUAAAAGAGGCAACAACAGGAGAGGAAGGAGAGACCACUGAACAUAGUGAAGGUGAGGAGAAGGAGGGAGAGGCAGAAGAAUUAAAGCCAGAAGAAGAAGAAGAAGAAACGACGACUGGCAAGGAAAGUGGAGAAGAGGAGGCAUCUGGGGAAACGGAGGAUGACAGCGGCGCGAAAAAUUCGACAAAUGAUGAAUCUACAUCGCCGGCAGAAGAGUUUGUGGAGGGAAACGUCAGCGCUUCAGCCGAGGCAGAGGAUGAAGAUGACGGAGAUGAUGGUACCAGAGAGGGGGAAGAGAGUGGGGAGCAGGAAAAAGAGGCAUCGGAGGAGGAAGGAGCCUCACCCCAGGAACAGGGGGUGACCGAAGGAGAGGAGGCAGACGCCGAAGAGUCAGACUCUGACGACAAGCGUCCGAGUGAUACCAGUGCGGACGAAUCGGGAUGUGAGGCGGCUGGAGCCACAGGAGAGGAGGGGGAGAAAGACUGCGGAGAAGAGGGAGGUGAAGAGGAGGUUGUAAAAGAUGCUGUUAAAGAGGAUAAGGACGGAGAGGUGAAGGAAAAGAAAGGAGAGGCUGUUGCUCUCCUCCAUCAGUUCACCAGGACCUCUGUGGAGUCCCAGCCCGGCUCGUUGGAGGACAUUAACACAGAAUCACCCCAAAAUCCUGUUAACUCCAUAGAAGUGCCCAAAAUAUCUGCUGGUGUAUCCAGCGGUGGUGGUGCGGGCCAGAGGAGGAGCCGGUCACCAGCCAGGGUCAAACGUCGCAAACCCAAGGAGUGUGACGAGGAACUGGAUGACUAUUAACUCACAGAAACUCAACAUAUGGUGUGGAUUGACAGAGACUCCCAUUAACCCUUCAGGGGUAGAAUUAUGUAGGUAAAAACUGUAACCAAAAAAACACUCGAAGCACUUUAUCACUCCAGAUCCAGUGUAGGAGGAGUCCCAGUGAUUUACCCGUAGAAUAUUGAAACUUGAAACCAUCACCUUAUCCUAUUUAAUCAUGACAUACAUUUGUAAUGGUUAUAUAUCUUCAUUUUUUAAGUUGACUUCAUGUGUAUUUCUGUACUGUAUGUGUACUAUUCUGACACUGAGUGUGUUAUGUGAACUCGGUUGUGUGUUCAAGUGGACGACAGGUUUAAUGACUCAUUUAGCCAUUAAUAUACCGAGUACCUCGAUUAUAUGUUAGAUGUUAAUUGACUGUUUUAGUAGUAUUUGACAGAACCAGUGUAUUGAUGCUUGGUUUAUGAAUCAGUACAAGUCUGUCUAUCAUUAACUCAGUGCUGUAUUCUCAGGGGUAAGGGCAGCCAGUUUGCAUCGUCUUCUAGCAUUACCUGCUUAGUCUGAAAAUAAUACUUCGGUUUAAACCCACUGAAGCUCAGUGACAUAACCUGAUUACCUUAAAGGAAUAGUUUUGAAAAAAAUUUGCCUGGAGUUAGAUGAAAGGAUUGACGCAACUUUCAUGUCAAGCAAGGGGGACCGUUAGCGUAGCUUAGCACAAAGACUCAAAGCAGGGGGAAACUGCUAGCCUGGAUUUGUCCAAAGAUUGUGAAAGAUAACAGAAUCCAUCUACUAACUUACUAAUUAA